AGGAAUGCCGGAGGGCAGGGAGGAAGCGGAAAAUGUCACUCAAUUUAAUUUUUAACACAGGCAAGAAAUUGAAGACGGAGAGAAAGAGAGAGAGAGAGAGAGAAAGGGAGUGAAGGGAAGGUGGUCACCAUCUGCACACCUGAAAUAAAGGAGAGUGGUGCACAAGUGGAGGGAGGGAUCAAACUCUAGAACUCACACAAACACACACACACACACCCUUAUUGGCUUUCAGUCUGUUCCCUCUCUUCUGCCUGUCGCUCUCACUUCAAGGCACUGACACACACGCACACAGACACACUUGUGCAAGCUGUCCAGCACUGAGAUUUGAGGGAUAAAAGUCCAACAACAGGCAGUGUCAGAAGCUGAGGAAGGAAGGAAGGAACGGAAAAGUGUUCUGUUGUUCAAGAUUUGAAGAAAAAAAUCGACACAAGUUGGAACUAAGUGAAGAGAAGUGUGUGAGAAACCCAGGUGGAUAUUGGAUAUCUCUCCAGCUGUAUUUGCCAAAGUGCCCGAGGAAAAGAUAAGGGAUUUAUUUUUUAAAUUUUUUAAUUAUUUUUACUUAGACUUUCUUGGACCAGGAUCGGAAACAAAGCAUAAAGAGAAGUGAAAUGGGGAGAUGGACUGCAGGUCUCUCCUUGGCAGUGGUUCUUCUAGUGGUAUGGCAGUCCACUUGCUACGCACAAGGAGUGAACCAUUGCCUUGCUGCACGAGCCUCCAGCUGCUCUGAAUGUCUCCAGGCGGGGGUCAACUGUGCCUAUUGUGCCGAUGAGGACUUUACUUUCCCUCGCUGUGACAUUCAAGAAAAUCUCAAAUCUAAUGGCUGCAAGGUGAAGGUGACCAUGUCGAGCAAGAUGACUAUAGAGAAAAGUGACACUAUCAGCACCAGUUUGAAUGUUGCCCAAGUAUACCCCAAGCUCAUGUCAAUGAGCCUGCUCCCUGGAGAGGAACGAGAGGUAGCGAUGGAGAUCUUUGAACCAGAAAAGGGCCCUCUGGACCUCUAUAUCCUCAUGGACUUCUCAAACUCCAUGGAGGAUGACUUGGACAAUUUAAAAAGGAUGGGAGCUGAAUUAGCUGACCUGGUGGGAACGCUGUCCAAUGACUACACCAUCGGUUUUGGGAAGUUUGUAGACAAGGUCACAGAGCCACAGACUGAUAUGAGACCCUCUAAGUUGAAGCAGCCAUGGCCAAACAGCGACCCUCCCUUCUCCUUCCAAAACACCAUCCCCCUGACCAGCAACAUCAGCCUGUUCCGUGUGAAGCUAGAGAAGGAGCGAAUCUCCGGCAAUUUGGAUGCACCAGAAGGAGGUUUUGAUGCCAUCCUGCAGGCUGCAGUGUGCCAGCGCCAGAUUGGCUGGAGGAAAGAUGCCACUCAUCUUUUAGUCUUCUCUACGGAGUCUGCAUUCCAUUAUGAGGCUGAUGGUACCAAUGUGCUCGCUGGCAUCCUGCCACGCAACGAUGAGCAGUGCCACCUGACAGAGGACGGCUCCUACACCCAUGACACGCUGCAAGACUACCCUUCUGUGCCCACCCUUGUGCGACUGUUGGGCAAGCACAACAUUAUUCCCAUCUUUGCCGUCACCAAUCACUCUUACAGCUACUAUGAGAAGCUGCACUCCUACUUUCCCAUUGCGGACAUUGGGGAACUGCAAGAAGACUCUAGCAACAUCCUUAGUAUCAUGAAAAGUGCUUUUACAAACAUUCGUUCAAAGAUAAGCAUGCGAGCUGAAGACAAACCUAGGGCUGUGGAAACCAUGUUCCUACAGAGUAGUGGUUUACUGAACAAGGAUGGCACCUUCAGCAAUACACCUGGACAGAAGGGUGCAUUCAGGAUGCGAGUAAAAGCUCACAAGAAAGUAGGGGAGCAACAGGUGUGCUCGCUGUCGGAAGCUGAGAGGAAGGGGAUGAUGCGUGUGAAACCCACAACUUUCAGUGCAUACCUGGGAGUUGAAACAGAGGUGCUGUGUGCGACCUGUGAGUGCGAGAAGAACCCUGAAAAGAAUGCAAAGUGGUGCAGCAACAAUGGAGACCUCAUCUGUGGCAUGUGUAAAUGCUACGCUGGCUGGCUGGGCCCUUUCUGCAACUGCUCAGCAGCACUCUCCAACUCUGAUUACCAGGGCUGCAAGACACCUGACUCCCAGGCCGUCUGCUCUAAUCAUGGUGACUGUCUGUGUGGCACCUGCAUUUGCCACAAUCCCCAGCAGUACGAAGGCCCCUACUGCCAGUAUGACAAGACCCAGUGCGCUCGAUUCAGUGGCUUCCUCUGCAACGACCGUGGUCGCUGCUACAUGGGUAGCUGUGCAUGUGAGGCAGGUUGGGAAGGUUCAGCCUGCGAGUGUCCUAAGAGCAACCAGACAUGUUUGGACAGCAAAGGGGGUAUAUGCAAUGGCCGUGGCACUUGCCAGUGUGGACGCUGUGUAUGUGACAACUCCAAUAUUGCCCUGAGCCCUACUUGUGAAAUUGGUUUCCAGGCCCAACUGGGAAUGUGUGAGGACAGGCGCACCUGUGUUCAGUGCCAGGCGUGGAAGACCGGUGAGCUAAAAGGAGAGAAAUGCAAAGACUGUCCCUUCAAGAUCACAAUGGUGGAUGAGCUCAAAGACAGCAAUAGAGUGAUUGAGAAAUGCAGUUUCCGGGAUGAAGAGGAUGACUGCACCUACCACUACUCUGUAGAGUACCCCUCUGACCCUACGGAUACCACGGACGAAGUUCAGGUGCUCAAGAAGAAAGACUGUCCACCUGGGGGUUUUCUGUGGCUCAUUCCCCUCAUUAUGUUCCUCAUGCUGCUGCUGGGCCUGCUGCUGCUGUGCUGCUGGAAAUACUGUGCCUGCUGCAAGGCUUGCCUUGCAAUGUUACCCUGUUGUGCGAGAGGUCGUAUGGUGGGCUUCAAAGAGGACCAGUACAUGUUGCGUCACUCGACGCUGACCUCUGACUACCUGGACACACCCCUGGUACGCACAGGGCCACCUAAGAGUACCGAUGUGGUGCGCUGGAAGAUCACAGACAAUGUGCACCGCAGUGCCAGCCAACAGCUUGCCCAGGUUGUGCCCAAUCCAAAGGAGAACAUCCAGUUCCCUGUCUCGUUGCGGCUCAAUCGUUUGUUCACCGACAGCCUGUCCCGUCCAGAUGCCCGGGACACAGAACUGCUGCGGAGAGAAGUGGAGGAUAAUCUCAAUGAGGUUUUCAAGCAAAUCCCUGGUGCUCAGAAGGUGAAGAAGACUAUUUUCAGGACCCAGCCAAAUGCUGGUAAAAGGCAGAACCACACAGUGGUGGAUACAGUUCUAUCUGCACCCCGAGCAGCUUACCCUGACAUUGUCAAUCUGACAGAGAAGUCUGUACAGUCCGGAAACUUCGGCAACCUCAAGGUUGUGCCAGGCUACUACACUGUGGCUACCGACAGAGACGCAACAGGAGCUGUGGAGAUGCAGGAGGGUGUAGAGUCUGUGGAUGUGCGUGUGCCGCUGUUUGUCAAGGAUGAGGAUGACGACAAGAAGCAGCUGCGUGUGGAGGCUACCGAUGUGCCGCUUGGCAUUGCUGAAAUUGGCCGCCGCUUUGUCAACAUCACUAUCAUUAAGGAUCAUGCCAAGAGUGUCCUGACAUUCCUUCAACCCUCCUACGUCUACAGCCGGCAGGACAAAGUGGCCAAGAUCCCUGUCAGCCGGGAGAUCAUUGAAGAUGGCCAUACACAAGUAUCGUACCGCACUCGUGACCUCACAGCCAAGGACCAGAAGGACUACAUUUCAGUGGAUGGUGACCUUUCCUACCAGCCAGGUGAGACCCAGAAGGUGGUCCCAGUAAAGCUUCUGGAGCUGGGUGAAGCUGACUCACUCCUGAGCGACAAACAAGUGAAGCAGUUUGUCAUGGACCUAAGCAACCCACGACAAGGGGCGAAGCUGGGACGAUACCCCCGUACCACAGUAACCAUCGCUGACCAGCUAGAACCAAGUGUGGUGAUGUUCCAGAAGAGCACGCAGAAUUUCACCACCACCGACAAGGAGUACUCCAUCCCUGUGGUGCGCACCCGCAACCAGGAUAGUCUUGCCACUGUGCAGUGGAGAACCCGCAAGGCCUCGCGCUAUGACCUUUCAGGCCCCAUUAAGUUUGGCCCCGGUGAGACAGAGAAGAAUGUGGUCAUCAAACCCUACACAUACCCUGGGGCUGUCAAGCCAGAGACCUUCCAGCUGGAGCUUUAUGAUCCGAGCAGCAAUGCUGUCAUUGGAGAAAGGAAGACCACACUUGUUAACAUAUCUGAGCCAGUUGACAAGGUUCAGAUGGAGUUCACCCAGUCAUCCCAGUCUCCUGGAGGGCGGCUGUUCUCUCCAAGCAAUAUAAAACCCACUGCAACAGGCCCAAAGAGCAUACAUCUGAACUGGGAUGCUCCACACGGCAACCCCCAAGGCUACAAGGUGAAAUACUGGAUCCAGGGUGACCCAGAGACUGAUGCCCAGGUGGUUGACUGUAAGACAACGCACACAGAACUCACCAACCUUUACCCAUACUGUGACUAUGAGAUGCGGGUGUGUGGCUACAACACACUGGGUGAUGGGGUCUCCAGCGAUGUUGUACACUGUCAAACACUUGAGGAUGUUCCUAGUGAGCCGGGCAGACUGGCAUUCAAUGUCAUCAGUCCUACAGUCACUCAAUUAAGUUGGGCAGAGCCAGCUGAGACCAAUGGCAUCAUCACUGCUUACGAGGUCAUAUAUACCCCAAUUGAUGAGGACAACCAACCCACUGGCCCAAGUAAGAAAGUCAAAAUUGACAACCCCAAGAAGCGCAUGCUGCUCAUCGAGAACCUGCAGCCUUCCCAGACUUACCGGUACAACGUGCGUGCUUGCAACAGUGUUGGCUGGGGCCCUUACAGAGAUGCUACCAUCAACCUUGCAUCCCAGCCAAGCAGACCCAUGUCCAUUCCCAUCAUCCCAGAUAUCCCUAUUGUGGACGCAGAAGCUGGAGAAGGCUAUGACAGUUUCCUGAUGUACAGUAGUGAUGUCCUGCGUUCUCCAGGUGGUCGACCAAGCGUCUCUGAUGAAGAUCAGGUCAUGAAUGGCAAGUGGGAACAGAACUUGCUCCAUCCGGGAGCAUCUGGAUCUUUGAUGCGGAACUUGUCCACAUCAUCCUCCAGCUACACACAGCUCUCCCCCCAUUCCCAACAUAGUUCAAAUAUUCGUGGGAUGGGAGGCACCACAACCAUAGAAACCACCACCACUUAUCUCCCCGGGAACUCUCUUUCACGCCGCCAGGAGGUGACAACCAUUGGGGGUUUGCGCACUGAGGAGGUGACCCUGAGGAAGCGCUCUGACAACAGAACCUACUAUGACAAUGAUGGCGUGAGGGAUUCCAUUGUCAUGGUGGAUGUACCUGGAGGGUUUUCAGGGAGCAUAGACCCCAGGUUUACUCCCGGUGUCCCUGACACCCCAUCGCGGCUGGUGUUCUCCGCACUGGGCCCCACCGCCCUGAAGGUGAGCUGGCAGGAGCCCCACUGCGAACGAGAAGUCCUGGGCUACUGCGUGCUCUACCAGCUGCUGAAUGGAGGUGAAAUGAAGCGCAUCGAUGUCCCUGGCAAUGCAGAGAAUUCAGUGGUGGUGCAGGACCUCCUGCCCAACCAUUCCUACAUCUUCAAGGUGAAAGCACAGAGCCAGGAGGGCUGGGGUCCUGAGAGGGAGGGUGUCAUCACUAUCGAGUCUGCCGUGGAUCCCAGAAGCCCCCUCAGCCCCAUGCCAGGAUCCCCAUUCACCCUCAGUACCCCGAGUGCCCCAGGUCCCCUGGUCUUCACAGCCUUGAGCCCUGAUGCCCUGCAGCUCAGCUGGGAUAAACCUCGCAAGCCAAAUGGGGACAUCGUGGGAUACAUGGUCACCUGCGAACAGCUGCAUGGAGGAGGUGACGUGCGAUCCUUCCAGGUAAGCGGGGAUGGAGCAGAGACCAGUCUGACAGUGUCUGACCUGGCCGAGAAUGUGCCGUACAAGUUCAAAGUGCAAGCCAGGACCACGCAGGGCUUUGGCCCAGAGAGGGAGGGCAUCAUCACCAUUGAGUCACAGGAUGGAGGCAAUGUAUCCCAGUACAGCAGCCAGUCAAUGACACGGAGGGAUGUGUUCCACCUUCCAGGAGAGAUGAGCACUCGUACCAAUGUCACUCACACAACAUUCAAUGACCCCUAUUUCAAAGAUGGGAUGAUGGUGACUACGCAGCACAUGGAGACAGGUGGCUCCAUCACCCGGCACGUCACCAAGGAAGUAGUGACCAGGAGUGUCAUGUCAGGAACCUCAGGUGUGACCAAGAAGGUGGAGAAAUUCUUUGAGGCCUGAGGCACAGGGUCUCCCCACCCCCAGCAAAGUCCACACUGCCCCCUAGUGUGAAGAGCAAGUCAUGAGUUCUUAAACACUGUGUCCCAUGAGCUGAGAAAGCAACCGGUUUUUCUUCUUCUGUCUGUUACAUAACACUGAGCACAACACACUGUUGUGUUUGCCCACAUCUCCCCUUCUGGUGCAAUGCUGCUGUUUUUUCACUUGCAAAAUGCUGAAACCAUUACUGCUAUCUCAACAAAGUGCUUCAUGUGAGAUUUAUACUGACCACAAGUGGAAAUCUGGAGUGUCUCUCACAGAGGCCCGAGAUUAUCCCUGUGUGUUGCACACAUUAGUAGGCCCCUGCUGACAUUCCCAUUUGGGGAUUAGCUGCAAGUGAGAGUGGCUGAGGUGCAGGAGGAGGCCCUGAGCUCAUAGCCUGGUGGAGCAUUAAGCACUCACUCAUAGACCACAGUUUACUGUCCUACAUGACAGUUUCUCUUCGAGCCUUUAGGCCUUUCCUGCUUUAAAAGGUGUCUGGCACAGAGCAAAAUAACUGGAUUACAGUGCCUUAAGGCCAACCAAUUUUAAGUACUUACAGAAACCCUUAACUAUUCAUAUUUAAAUUUGCUGCAUGUUAGCAUUUAAUGCCAAACAGCUCUAUACUAUUCAGUGCUUCAGUUAAACAUUAUAGUUGUACAAUUUUUAUCAUUCAUGUUUAUUUUAAAUUAAAUGUUUUCACAUUCCUGAAUCAAAUCCUGUCAUUCAAAGAAUAUAAUGCCCUUUAAACAUCUGUAUAUAAGGUCUGUUUUCUAUGUCCUGUAGCGCUUUAAGGUCAAAGCCAUUUUUUUGUCUAACCCUGUUAAAUUGUUUCUUUGCUGAAUGUUUGGGUUACAUGUUUCAGUAAUUUGUUCACUUGUACUAACUUGCAGUGCCUUAAGGUGUAUCGUCUGUGAAAAUAGGUCAUCGUUCACAGCAUUAUUAUACACUUGCAUUCUGGUGCCUUAUCAGUCACAGCUUACAGGAGUUAAGUUUUUUUUUUUUUUUUUUUUUUUUUAAAUCUAUAUUUUACACUUUCGCUUUUUGGUACUAUUAUAAACAAUGAUGUUACCUGCCGUAAACUCAACUUCAAGUAUUAUUAGCACCUAUUGCAUUUAGUGGGACUAACAGUUUCAACCAUAAACUAUCAUAAACCCUCAGACAGUAAUCCUUAAACUGCAUUUAGUUUUUCUGCCCAUAGGGAGGUGGCAUAUCAUUUGCUGACAUACCAAAAAAAUUUACUUUGUCAGGUUUUCACCAAAGUGCUAGUCCCUGACAUAUCUACAUCCUGUAGUACAUGCAAAAUGUACUGCCCUUAAUAAACAUAACUUUGCUUUCUA